UAAAAACGUACUUUAAGGUCUUAUUGCCAAACCACAAAUCCAAAUUUGUAAAUGAUAUUGGUAAUAUUUCGGUCUUCGGGGCAAAAAUAUAUUUCUGAGUUGCGGAAGAAUAUUUACAAGUGAUGUCACCGUUGCUAACGGAAUUCCCUGGCCCUAGUGCCUUGUGUGUACAUGUGUUUAGUGCAGAGAUUCUGUGGGGCGCUAUGUGUCAUUGCGAUACACACGAAAGUUACGAUCAUGAGGAAUAAACAGCGGUGAAAAUACUUUCGUGUUUCCCUUUUCAGUUUUAGUAAAAAUUACAGAGUCCAGUUGAUGAAAUGGCCGGGUCCGUAAGUCUUCUGGAGCUGGUGGAUCUGUCGCUGGGGACCCCGGAAAUCGUGAAUUACAAGGGUUUGCGGACACUUUUGGUAGCGAUCGUAGAAAACUUGAAGCUCGGUGAUGUGCGGGCCGAACUCAAAGAGUCCGACCGGGCAGAGCUGCUGGCUUCGGCGGCGGCAGCAGCGGCCCCCGCCGCCCGACCCGGAAGUUCGGACAUCGGUAAAGGAGGCGUAGAAAAGAGCAAAAGCGACUUGAGUCGAGUGCACAGCGCUGCAUCUUCCACGAACAAGGAAGUUCAGGACUUGGAACACAAAGUGUCGAGGUUGGAAUCGCAGAUUGAGGCGCUGAAUUCACUGCCGUCCAACGAGAAUUUGAUGCAGCGGGCCCGAUCGACGGAAGGAAUGAAACCCAUGUCGGAGAUGUGGCAGUUGAUGCAGCUACAGAAGAAGGCAUCGGCAAACGAGGAUGGUGUAUCAAAGCUCAUGAGUAUGGUAGAAGACUUGUUAGGAGAGAUGUCAGCACUGAGGGAACACGUGGAUGGGUUCAGCAGCGAAAUAGCAAACCUAAAAGACAGACUAAACAAGAUUAGCGCUAAUGAGGAACGAUUCAAUGAGAGGCUACAAAAGCUGGAGAACUCCACAGCCAACAAGGACAAGAUGGACGAACUUCAGAAGAUCAUUAAUGAUUUGAACAACAAAAUGAACACUCUACCGCCGUUAGAUAUCAUUGUCACAUGGCCAGCUAUGGAGGACGCACUGAAGGGAAUACACAGAGAGCCUAUAUCGGUGUACGACCACGCUAUGCAGACUAUGGCUAUGACAGAUACUUCCAAUGUACAAACGAUGCCAACGAAAAGUUCAUAUUCACAAACCAGGACACCGAGUCCAGGUCCUCCAUCCAACCCCCCUUCCCGUCCAGGCUCAGCCGCCCAUCCCUCCAUGGAGAUACAACGCAUUCUGAAAGACAUCGGUGAACUGAAAGGAAAACAUGAUUCUGUGGAGAACAGAGUCAAAACGUUAGAGGAGCUGAUGAACAGCAAGUUGGACUUGGAUGAUGUCAAGAAACUGCUGGGUGAGAAGAAGGAUGUUCCAGAAGACUUGACAAGGAUGCUGGAGGAACUGAAGGAAGGACUGGACUCGCUCAAAGAGGGAAGAGACAAGAUGGACCAGCUCGACCGUUGGAUCAGUGAGCAAUCCCAGAUGGUCCCCGCCUCCCAGCGGGACGUCCAGCAGCUCAGGGACGAGCUGGCCCAAACCCAGGCCGACCUGGCUGCUGAUAUAGUAGCCAUGGCUAAAAACCUGCCUGUAGGGAGCACUGUGUCCACUGCCAGGUUUGACAGCAUGCACUCUCAGUUCCAAGACCAACUAGAGGGCCACUCGCAGGGCCUGAGCCAGGAGCUGGGCAAGCAGCUCGGCAAGGUCACUUCCCGAUUGGGACACCUUGAGUGGAGACUAGACAGCCAGGGCAAACAGCUUGAAGCCCAGGCGUCUAUGGGGAUGCUAGACUCCGCCCACAGGCUGCAUGAAGUAGAGCAGACACAGGGGUCGGGAGGGGAUUUGGAUAGUGAAGUAAUCACCAACAUGCAGAAGUUAAUUCUUCAGCUACAGGCCGAGGUGGAUAAACUCAACCACACGUGUGUGCAGCUUGUGGAUGAGCAUAACAGCAAACAGAAACAUAUCGAUGCACUGUACACUUUUGUUGACAGACUACAAGAGAACAAGGCUGACAAAGAGCAUGUCAUUAUGGAGAUCGAUGUGAAAGCAGACAAGCGAGCGCUGGAGAACAAAGUCAGCACCACGCAUUUCCAGGGAACGGUGGACGAACUGUCGCGCAAUCUCAACGACGUCCUGGAUAAACUGUCUGGCCAUCGCUCGGCAUGGCAGGAGGCCGUCAGCGAGAUGAAGCUAGACAUUGACAACAAGCUGGACCGGAUGGAACUGGAUCCCCUCAAGUCCUACCUAGAUAACCGCAUCAAGUCAGUAGGUGCUAAGCUGGUCCGUAAGGUGGAAGUGGACACCACGCAAGACGACGCGGCUGGAUUCAGAAAGCAACUGAUGCAGAAAUUCAACUGUAUCUCAUGUGACAGACCGCUGGACAUGACGCCGCAACCGCCCCUAGCAUCAUUACCUGAAUCCAAGGGCAUGCCCGGCACGAGGACAGGCCGGCCUUACACAACGUUUGAGUUGGAACAAAUCAGAGCAGCUCAGAAAAAGGCUAAGCCAGGCAGGAACGUUCUCCACUACGAUAAGGCUUUACAGGAACAAGAGUUAGCUAGGCAGCGUAAGCAGGACAUCAUGGCCUACCUGGUUCACUUCCACGGGGAGACAGACCGGCCGGCGUUCAUUAGGAACGUUCCCCAGCUCCACUUGCAACCAGACAGACACAGUGGGAAUGUUGACGUGCCUGACUACUUCUCAACCACUAGGAGCUGUGGAGGGAGUCACACUAUGACCUAUCCACACAGACGCAAUACACGCAUGGCAAACCUCACGGGGAUUGUACAGGAGGAGGAUGCAGUCAGCGUGAAUAAUUUUGUAAAUGGGAGCAGGCUUGAGGCAGACAUUCAGGGUCAAGAUGGUCACAUCUACAAAGGACGCAUAGGACCCACCGACUUAGAACGACUGCCGACCAUUGCACCGCAUAGACUGCCUUCAGCAAGGUCACCCCGCCCGACCAGCUCCCGGGCCAAUCGCCAUGACAACCAGCUCUCCAAAUCCACCCCGGAGCGUCAGGCCUCCCGGCCGACGUCGGCGCGCCCGCAGUCCCGCCUCCAACAGACGCGCCCGACCAGCGCGCGACCCCAGAGCGGGAGGUCACAGGGGUCACCGACCCCACCCCAGUCAUUGAACCCGGCCGAGGCUGACCCACGACCUACGACCCCGCCUAAUACUGUAGAGGUCACCGCGGGUCAAGACGAUUCAAGUCAGAACGUGAUUGCUGAGCCUGCAGAACAACCCAUCGAAGUCCAGUAAAAAUUAGGAUAUUGAUUGAUUUCUUGUGAAGUGCAUUGUUAUUUUAUAUGCAUGCAAUGAGUGAGUUGUGUGAAUGAUUGAAUGUUUCUGUUCCAGCUUGGUCUGUAUUCAUUGUGAAGGGGGGGGUUUAGAAAUUGCCAGUUUAAAACACAAAUUGAACAACUUCAUCUCUGCUUUACUAUGUUGGGGGGGGGUUAAACAAUGGUAAGUUCGUUUUGAGGGAUAUCACCCUGAAUACGUUUUGAAUUGUUGCAUCAUAUUCAUCUGAACCUAUUUCCUUCGUUUACAAAACAGUUUCGAUUUAGAAUGUUUCAAAUGCGAUCUUCCGCUGAGGAUUCAAUUUCUGUGUACAUAAUGGGUGAUGAAUCAAGUUAACCAAAAUUCAAAAAAAAAAUUGUGACUGUCCAAUAAAUCAGAUGCAUGUUACUAGUUACUUAUCGUUUUUAUUGGAAAUAGUUCCUUUCAAAUCUGGCCAGUUUGUCUUGAUAGCACACAGGUGAACUACACACAGAAAAUUAUCCCCAUGUUUUUGUCGUUUUAAAGAAGUAUUGUCGACUGUUACCCAUUUUCUAUUUUCAAACCUCUAUAAUACAAAUCGAAUGAGGGCAGAUUAAAAUUAUAGUUCUCAGCAGCAAGAAUAUGUAUGCAACAGGACUUAAAAUGCAUUUGGGUUAAAUAUUGUCCAUCAAUUAUUAAUAUUUUGGAUGAUAAUUAGUUCAGUACUUUGGAAAACCUGCAAUAGAUAGACAUGGAAGUUACAAUUUCACAAAACAGUGAAACAGGUUUCUGUAUACAUGAAGUUCCAUGGCAUGCACAAUAGUGCUUGACAUUUUGCCUGCCACAUCGAUAUCAGAAGCUAUAGGCUUUCCAGAGUUAAGCAAUUUGGAUACUAUCCAUAAAGUCACAUCUUUUUUGCAAAGUAUUUCUUUAAAAUCACUAUAAAACUUUUCAAACAGGGUUAUAAAAACUACAGCAAUAUGAUUUUUUUUAGCUACAGGUUAUUUUUAAGGGCAAAAUUACUUGCAUAGUUAAUUUUGUUGAUCUUAGAUUUGUCAAUCAAAUAUUUGAAAUAUUUCUAUACUGGCAACUUUGUUUUUCUGAAAUUCUAGUUCUCAGUAUUAUAUCAGACUUUGUGAUUCGUAGGCCACUUAUCUAACAAAGUAGAUCCAGUUGUAUUUGCACAUAAUUAACCCUGUCCAGGUACAAAUUAAAUAUUUAGAUUGGGAUAUAAAAAAAAAAAUUAACAAAAACAUAUGCCAAAUUAAAUUCCCAAAAUUUGUCUUGUUUAAAAAAAUAAAAACUAAGGGGACAUCUUAUUAAAGAAAUUUGAAAAGAAAAAAAAUAUUAGGAAAUUAAUGUUUGAAUAACAAAACAUUUAAUGAAACAAAUAAUUCAAAGGUGCCUAAAUCGACAUUUAAGAAGAAUAGAAAAUACAUGACAAAUUAUUUUAUUUAUUCUGCACUGAGUUUACAUACUGUAAUUUGUCAAAUGAAGCUUCAAAUUGAAAUGUCCUGCAUUCACAGGAGUAGCUGAAUCAUGCAAGAUGUGACUGUGUCUAUGUAAUGUGCAUUAUUUAGUUUUGUCUCUUUGUAAACCUUUGCAUAACUGAUAUCUUUGUAAAUUAGUCCCAAAGAAUGAGAGAUUUAUAGCAUAUUGUCGUGUACAUUUCUGAAUCCGUAUAGCACAUGCAGUUUCUGUGUAUAUAUAACCAAUUUGCAUGUUUAUUUAUGCAUUCCUGAAAGCACAUUUUGAUUUUAAUAAAAUAUAUGAAGAAAAUGAAA